CAGUCGAAGCAUUUGCAAUUAUUCUUCUGCUAGCGCUCGAGUGUAUCGCACGCGUUUUGACCGCACUCUCGCAUAGUCUACUUGGACCGUGACUCGUUGUUUUUUACUCAGUCGCCUAACUGUUGGGAGAAAUUCUUUCUAGUGAAAGAGGUGUGAAACAAGUGUGUCUGGGGAGAAACGGAAGGCGCGCUGAUAACCUUGAAGGAUAAUUUGAUUGAGCUAAGUGAAGAAGCAAGUGAAAAAGCGUAUAACGCUGAAAGCUUUCGUGACAAAGAUUAUAGCGAAGUUUAAAGUGUUGGAAAAUUUUCCGAGGAAGACGAUCUUCCAAGUGUUUCUAGUGCAUACAAAGAUACCGGAGUAUAUCCGGAAGUAAAGUCGCCAAAAUUUGUGUCAAACGAGCAAGAAAGAUGAAGGCCAUCACAGCGGUGUGUGCUACGGGAGCUUCGGUGCCGGCGAUUGCCAACGGCCGAGUUCAGCGACACCGUGAUGGUGAAAACGCCGAGAUCCAAAUGUACUUGUCGAAGCUGAAGGAUUUGGUACCGUUCAUGCCGAAGAACCGCAAGCUGUCUAAGUUGGAGGUCAUUCAGAACGUCAUCGAUUACAUUUGUGAUCUGCAGAGUGCUCUGGAGUCACAUCCGGCUGUGAACAGUUUUGAUCCCGUUCAGGCCUUGGCUAGUCAUCAGAAUUUGUCUGAUCCAAUGGAGUCCACACCGGUGGGUCCUCGGCAGCCGCUGGGAGUGCGACCCAGCCCGAACAUGAUCCUGGCCAAUGGUAACAUUGCCGCGAACGUCUCCACUAGUCCUGUCGUUUCCAGUAGUUCCAGUUCCAGCAGCAGCAGCAGUAGUAGCAGUAUCAGCGAGUCAACCAAUGUGGCGAAAGACAAAUCGACGUGAAUUGUCAUCAAUAAAAAAAAUUGUGAACAAAGGUUGAACGCCCACCCUGGGACUCGACCCGACGAUGCCCGUCACGCCAGUCCCGUUCGUUGGCCGCUGCUCUGCAUAUUGAGGGAGUAAGGAGAUGAUCUCAGCUUCGAACUGAACAAUACAAAACAAACAGAAACUGACUGUCAAACAAACAAAACAACUACACAUUACGCAUAAUCGCAAAACAAAAACCAACGGUCAACGUUUGACUGCGAAGCACUUGAAGCAACCAGAACAAGAUAGUGUGGACGUGGCCACUGCAUCCAGAACUGUUUGAGCACGCAUGCGUCAUCUUUAUUAAUUAUUAAUUAUUAUAAUAAUUCUGUGAUCUAUAGAAUAUGUUUUUCCUCCCAAAUGGAAGAAGUUUACUUAAACGAACGGUCAUAAAACUGAUUUCAUUCUCAAGCGGAACAAGAACAAACCGAAGGCGCUGCUGCCUUUUGACAGACACUCGUCAAAAUGCGCGGCGACGCUUUGUAGAACAAUAGUCAUCUGUCAAAAGUCGACACAGCUUACCGGUCAUAGGAGGCAACCUCUUGUACAAAGUGUAGAUUUUAGUUACGAUAACCUCCCAUUACGUU